UUUAUACGUCGAGAAUGAGCCUUUUAUCUAACACAGGUAAAAAGCCAAAAGAUUCUAUAGAAACAGGACUUUGGGAAAGUCGACAAUCUUAUCAAGUUAAAGAGGAGUCACCAGCAAAUAAUGAUAAGAUUAUUGACUCAACAGAAAUAAAUUUUCCUGAUCAAACGACUUCAGACUCGCAGACGAAGGAAACGGAUCCUUCUAGGAGUGGGUUUGAAGUGUUGGGAACCGAAGAAACUUUGCAAGCCGAGGUCGCAGGAAACAAUGAGAAAGUCAACUUUGAAAAUUUUCAACAGGCAACGUUUGAAGCGGCUCCACAAAAGAGAGAUGUCGAUAUAAUAUCCUCUGAUACUAGUCUCCCUUUUGAAGAGAAAGUGAUCAGUGUGUGAUCAUAAUGAUUCAAAUCGAGA